AUAUACAAGCAUAAGAAUUUUCGCAUUAACUAUACGACCUAUGACUUGCGUCGCAGCCAGGACUGUGUCAAUCCGCGCAGUGAGGCUCCCGACAUCAUGGUCCUCGCUCAUGAAGACAGCGAUCACCCCUAUUGGUACACCCGUGUUCUUGGGGUCUUCCAUGCGAACAUCUGCCACUCGGGUCUCAGGUCACGCGACCCGUCACCUCAGCAUAUUGAAUUCCUCUUCAUACGA